CUUGCAGGGGCUGACCCCGAGGAGACCAUUCUCAACGCAUUCAAGGUGUUUGACCCUGAAGGCAAAGGGUCGCUGAAGGCUGACUAUGUGCGGGAGAUGCUGACCACACAAGCAGAGAGAUUCUCCAAAGAGGAGAUCGACCAGAUGUUCGCAGCCUUUCCCCCAGAUGUCACGGGCAAUCUAGAUUACAAGAACUUAGUCCACAUCAUCACCCACGGGGAAGAGAAGGACUGAGUGAGCCCUGAGCCACGGCUUCAGGUGACCUACAGCCUGCUCUCCGGCCCGGGAGCCCCUGCCGCCCCAGCCUGCUGGGGCACGCCAUCCCAAGGCCGUGUGCAAAUAAACACUAAGUUUUGGAUCUA